AUGCAAUAAGCUAUUCUUUAAAAAUCUUUUUUAAAAACGGCUUUUAUAGGAACUUCUGAAUGGUAAGAUUUUAAUUAAAAAGCGUAAUAAAGUUUAAAAUGUUCAAGAUUAUAAGAAAUUCGAUAAUAAGAACGAGAAAUAAGUAAAUAAAUAUCAAACGAUGUAAAGGCAUAAUCCUAAAAAAUGAAAGAAUAAGAAGAUAGAGAAUAAAAAUAUUAAGAAUAUUUGCGUUUAAAAUAGCUUAAAUAAUCUUUGGAAGAAGAAAGACAAAAAUAAGAGGAAGAAUUAGGAAAAGCACAUAAAGAAGCAUAAGAAAUGGAAGAAAUAAUGCUUAUAGAAUAACAAUUGAAGGCAGAAAAACAAUAAAUAUGGACUUAAAAUUAAAAAAUAAGAACUUAAUAAGCAAAAGAACGUUAAAAAAUAGAAAAAUAUGAUUUGAUAUAUAAAGAAAAAGAAGAUUUUUAAAGAAAAAAAGAAAUAAAAGAAAAAAUCGAAGCAGAAGAACGUAAAAAAGCAAAAAAAUACAAAGAAAAGAGAGGAGAAAAAAACGAAGAAGAAGAUCCUUUAUAAUAUACAGAAACUGAAAAUAAAAAAAAUUAUUUAAAAAAUAUUGACUUUUCAAAAACUUAUUUCCACAAUCCAAUAGUUAUUAAAUAGGAAGAUAAAGAAAAUGCUAUUGAAAAUGCCAUAAAAGAAUAUGAAAGAACUUAACAAGAAAAUAUGGAAAAACUUUUAAAAAGAAAAACUUCGAAAGAAAAAAAUCAAGAAAGACAUAAGGAAGCAUUAGAAAAGGAAAAAUAAAAGAAGCUUUUAGAAGAUUUUGUUCAAACCUAAUAGAAAAUUAAGUAGUAGGAAAUUAAAGAUAGAAAAAUAGGUUAAAAAAAAGCCUUGUUAGUAUUCAAAAUGAAGUUUUUACGAAAAAUUAAGUCGAAAAAGAAUUCGAAAAAAAAUUUUUUGGACCAAAUGCUUCAUGGACUCAUGAAGAAAUUCCUAAAAAAGACUCAAAAGUAUAAGAUUUUGAGAAAAAAGUAAUAGAAAAGGCUUAAAAAAAAUAGAAAAAUGUUAAAAUUUAUCGAAAACCACCAUUAGAUAGUAAUCCUUUAAAAUGUACUUCUUAAAAGGAAGAAAUUCCGAAUGGCUAUAAUUCGUAUGAAAUCAAAGAUGAUAAAAAUAGUUUAAAAAAACCAAAGAAAUAAAUAAAAUUCAUUUCUGUGGAAAAAGAAGAUGAAGUAGAAGAAGAAGAGAAUAAAUAAAUUGAAGAAGGUGAUUUUUUAUAUGAAACAUUAAAAAAAAAGGACGAAAAUUUAAAAAAUAAAGAAGAAGUUCAUAAAGAUAGUCAAAAUAGAAUUGAUAUAAAGAAAUAUAUAUAAGAAUAAGAAGAAUAUCUUUAAAAUUUGGAAAAAGAAAGAAAAAAUCUUCAAUUUUAAUAGUAAUAGAGUCUUUUUGGUAAUAGUUCUUAGAAAAAAAACAAGAAAAUAAUUUAUACAAAUAAUCCUGAUAAAAUUAAAAAAGCAAAUUAAUUAUUGGAUGAAUUUUUGGGAAUAAAUAACAAUAAUAUGGGGGGUGAAAACCAGUAUAACUCUUAUGAAAAUAAAAUAAAUGAAAAUUAUAAUUAAAAUAUAUAUGAUAAUUAUUAAAAAGAAGAGUUCCCUUCAAGUUAAAGGAGAAAAAAUCGUGAUGAAAAUUAAUUUUUUGAGAAAAACUAAAGCGAUUUUACUGAAAAAAUGCCAGAUAAUAAUACUUUUUCGGAAGAAAAAUUCUAAAAAUAAAGAUAAAAUUAACUUUAGUAAUAAUUGUCUCCAAGUUCUGAAUUAAGUUAUUCUUUUUCAGAAAUGGAAAGAGUAAUAUUUUUGUUAAAAAUUUAUUUUUAUAUUUUUAUUAGUCUUAAGAUAGGAAAUAAUCUUUAAAAAAAUAUGA